GAUGUGGUAAUGUGCGUUAUACAAUGCUAUAGGGGAGGUGUUCUGUAACAUACAAACGAUACUUUAAACACGACUGUUAGUUCAGGGCGGUGAUCAGGGCCCUAGGAUUAGGAAUAAGCUAUAAUCCGACAAACGAUAUAUAAUUCGUUUAGUGAUCGUGUUAGACCUUAGAUAAAAUGGUCAAUGGAUUAGGAGCGAUACAGUCCACGUCACUAACGGGCAGAGCAGCAAUGGAAACCGACAUGACUACAUAAUUAAACAACCUUAUUUCACAUACGGCUACAAUAUCCACGGUCUGCAAUGAUGUCCGAGUCCCCUGUAGCUGCCAAAAGUGUGCGACAAAAGAAUGACGCAGUGGCGGCGUCCAUCAAGAACAUUCGUGAACAGAAAGGCCUGGAGAGACAACUGACACACAUAGAGAGGCUAUGGCACGUGGAGCUCAAGCAUCUGACACGAGAGAAGCUGGAGGCGACGCACGAACUGACGCGGCUGGAGGAGGAGAAGCAGAACCUGGAAUACCUUAACGACGACGUGGAGGGGGACAGCCUUAAGACGUACACUGACAGCAUCAGGGACAAAACCGGACAACAAAGGCAAGAGGACAAACACAUUGUCAAGUUUAGUUACCAAAAUUCCGAAUUGAAUAAGGUACAGUUAAGGCUCCCCGAUGUUCACAAACCUCUGGAUAUUUUAAAAGAAAACGGAUUACAUCAGUCAAUGCCAGUCGCCAAAAAACCAAAACUAUACAGAUCGAAUUCAAUACUGAGACACCAUGUGGAAAACAGUGUAAGCUUUCCUCCGGGAAUUACUCGGACCGAAUCGAAGGAGGACGUCAAAAACAUUAAUCUACCAGACAUCAUGUGUUCCGACCAAAGUAAAACGAAAUUUGUACGAUUGAUAGAGAAGGAUGUAGAGAGGUUUAAUAGUCAAAGUAAUACACAUCCUACGGUGGAAACCCCCAGUACACCUUAUUCCAAGAGAGUAUAUAGGCGAAAGAAGAAAGUGACAUUUCCUCCACUCAGCGCCAUGUGCGAGAGACGACACACGGUGCUUUGAAUUAUUUUAUUUUCAAAGAAUUUUUCUUUUUUCUUUUAGUUAGCUUUGUUUUAGUUUGUUUGUACCUCUGUAUAACUUUCUCGGUGCCAUAUCUGCUGCGUUUAAUUUUGAGUCUUAUAUUUAUGUUACAGUGGUUUGAAUAAAUACCUUAUGAUGUAUCUCAGAGAUAUACAAAUAUAUGUAAUAUAUCUACAAAGACGUAAUAACGACAAUGCAGACAAUAGAAUUUGUCAAAUUCUUAGGGCAAUCCGACCCUUUUUCGAGACAGAAACAUGAACGAUACAUCGAAACAUAUAUAACAAAGAUGAACAGCUUGUAAGCAAAGGCUAUUACUGCAAACAAUCAUCUUGAAGAUGCCGUGACUGCUAACAUAGUAUGUCUAGAUGUAUUAUGUUAAAUGUAAAUAAACUUAUUGCAUAGACGAAGUCAAGUGAAUUUAAAGAAAAAAUCUGAAUGAAUAAGGUGGGGAAAUCUAUAACUGUAGUUGUUCGUCUGAAAAUUUGACAAAUGCCUUUGACUGCACAACUGUUGUUACUAGAUCCUAUAUACCUAUUUAUAUAUAUACUGAGUUAUAUAUACUAGAUCCUAUAUACCUAUUUAUA